AUGGCUCGCCUGCGUAGAAAAGCUUGCGUCGCUCUUUUUCUUUUCAUGAUUUUUGUUUUCGGAACUAUGAUGGGUUUGAGAACUCUGAAGCCAACCGAUGGCUUCUCCAACUUGGCCCCAGGAUUAGAUAUGAUGCCAGCGGGUGAGAAGGUGGACCGUCGCUCUGUAUCUAAUGAUGUAGCAGCCUCGCUGGGACAAGCUCGAGUCCCAGGCAGUAACACCAAAGCAGUAUUUUCAAACUCCGGAUCGGACAAAACUCUUUUCUACGACGUACACAUAUUUUAUUACGUGUGGUAUGGGAACCCACAGAUAGACGGCAGAUACAUACAUUGGGACCAUGGCUUGGUGCCACACUGGGACCCCAAAAUCGCCGCCAGUUACCCGAAAGGAAGGCAUACACCGCCAGAAGACAUCGGUUCCAGUUUCUAUCCCGAGUUGGGUCCGUACAGCUCCAGAGAUCCAGAAGUGCUAGAGCUACACAUGGAACAGAUUGGAACAGCGGCGGCAGGUGUUGUGGUUCUGUCCUGGUAUCCACCGGGUCUGGCAGAUGACAAUGGGGAACCUACUGAGGACCUGGUGCCUGCUAUCCUGGAUGCCGCAUACAGACACAGCCUGAAGGUUGCAUUUCACAUCCAGCCCUACAAAGGAAGGACUGACCACACUGUUCACGACAACAUCAAAUACAUCAUUGACCGGUAUGGGGACCACGGGGCUUUUUACCGCUUUACCUCCAGCACAGGAAAAGUCCUCCCAAUGUUCUAUAUCUAUGACUCCUAUCUGACACCUCCCGAGGCUUGGGCCGACCUCCUGACUCCCACGGGUUCUCACAGCCUCCGAGGAACCCCGUACGAUGCCAUCUUCAUCGCUCUGAUCGUGGAAGAGAGACACAAGCACGAUAUCCUGGCGGGGGGCUUUGAUGGCAUGUAUACUUACUUUGCCUCCAAUGGUUUCUCCUUUGGCUCCUCACACCAGAAUUGGAAAGCCAUAAAGGACUUCUGUGACGGAAACAACCUGCUGUUUGUCCCUAGUGUCGGGCCCGGAUACAUCGACACCAGCAUACGGCCAUGGAACAACCACAACACUCGAAACCGAGUCAACGGACGUUACUACGAGACGGCUUUGCAGGCGGCGCUGAACGUACGACCGGAAAUAGUAACCAUCACCUCCUUUAAUGAGUGGCACGAGGGUACGCAGAUUGAGAGGGCCGUGCCAAGGAAGACCGUAACCCGUCUGUACCUGGACUACCAGCCCCAUCAGCCAGACCUGUACCUGGAGCUUACCAGGAGGUGGGCACAACAGUUUAACAAAGAGAAAGAACAGUGGCUUAUGUGA